CAUAUAAAAAUAUUUGUACUACCCAAACUUUAAUCAAUUAAUUUUCCUUCACUGAAUUUAAGUACAUAUUCACCUUUUUGUAAGGACACUUGUUAGCAAUUUUAAGAUAUAGUGGUGAUUUUGAAAAUAUGGCUAAUCUUCCUGUGAUGUUCCAGAGAGUGGCAGAAGCAUUUGAUGCUGACGUGGCAUUGACACGUGUGAAGGCGUGCAGCGAGAGUAGUGGGAGUGAGCACUCGCCCGAGAGUUCAACCGAUUUGUCUGAUCUUGUUUUGUCUUUCAUGGAAGAUAUUGAAGAUGUUGAGGUUGUUGUUGGGGGUGAAGAUUGUGAGAAGGGUGAUGAAGAAUUAGAGGUUGAAAAAUCUGGUGAUUUUGAGAAGAGGGAAAUGUUGAAGGGAUUGUUUGGUGGGAAUGAAGAGGAUGUUGAUGAAAGGGAUGAGAAAGAAAAGAUUAGGAGAGAGGUUGAGAUCGCAUGUGGAGAACUUGUUGGCAAUGAUUCUUCGUUUCCUGAUUUCAAACGUUGGUUGAUGUCUCGGUUAAGGGACAAAGGUUUUGAUGCUGGUCUAUGCAAAACCAAGUGGGACAAAAAGGGAAAAUUAACAGCAGGUGACUACGAAUACAUCGAUAUCAACCUUUCUGAAAAACGUUACAUAGUUGAAGUUUCCUUAGCAUCCGAAUUCGAAAUAGCUCGUCCCACAAAUCAAUACUCUUCAUUGCUAAAUAUUUUUCCAAUGAUUUUUGUUGGUAAAGUGGAAGAUCUCAAACAAGUUGUGAGAUUAAUGUGCACAGCAAUUAAAGGGUCUAUGAAAAAAAUGGACUUACAUAUACCACCAUGGAGGAGAAAUUUGUACGUGCAAACCAAAUGGUUUAGUUCUUACAAAAGAACAACAAAUGCGGUUCCAACUAGAAAAGUAUUGUCACAUUUUUCUAAUGAGUCUGUGUUUCCUAAAAGGCUCAUGGGAUUUGAGGCACGACAUGUGAAAGUAUACAAUUGCAGGGAUGAUUAUGUGGGAAAUAAUGGGAUUAGAAUUAGCCACUUGACAACUGCGUUGAAUUCUGAUAACUUUGGUUUGUGAUUAUAGUUUUAUUUAUUCUAUUUGGUAAAUAAGUAUUUUUUUUUUGUGAGGUUGAAAGAAUUUUAAGUGGCUGUGUCAUGUUAGGUGAUUUAGAACAGGGCACAAAAAGUGAAACAGAACAAAUUUCUGUGGUGCAGAGUGUGAUAUAAAUUUUGCCAGUUUUGGGUUAGGUUAAGCAAACAAUUAAAGUUUAUUGGUAGCAAUUUAUUUUGUUUGUAUGAGAUAUUGUGAAAAAUAUUGUACAGAGAUGAAUUGAUUUCUUUGGCCAAUUAAAGAUCUAUAGAGACUU